CGCAGUGCGCAUGGGGACCGAAUCAUUUAAUUUAUGAGCAAUUAAGAUAUUUUUCAAUUUACGAUCAAGCAGACAUGAAAACUUACAAUUUAAAAAUCACGAUACAAUUCUAUUUUUUAAAUCCAACAUUUUGAUUAGAUAUGACACUGAAAGAACGCUUAUCAGAAACUAUCGGACAAGCAACUUUAUUAAAUAGGGGAAAGAUAGCAGGUUCGGCGAUAAAAGCCAGUGAUGUCAAACCGAGCAAAGUUAAGGCAUGGCAUCAGUCAAGAUUACGCCUUAACAUCAGUGCAGUGUUCCGUGUUCUCGUUAUGUUGGGUGUUGUGCGUCAUGAUGUUCUCACGAAAAGUUUUUCAUGACCUGUGACUGGUCUCAUGGAGUCCCCAGCUCAAAUAUUCUAGGUUUUCUUCGCAAGCGGCAAAGUGUCUAAUUGUAAUUAAAUAACGCGAUCGCUAAAAACGACUGGAUUCCUGUACCUAAAGACUGCGUUCCAACGUUGAACACAUCCACCCGUCCCCUUGUUCUCCCCUCACCUUCUUCCCAUACCGCCAUGAGCUCCCCAGACAGCAGGGAGACUGCCCCCCUCGAGGGGGACCCUCAGCUCGUGGUCGAAGAUGAGGUCAAAACCGUAAAGAGGUUCCAGAACUUCAUGGACGUCGGGCCAAAACAGGCGGUCCUUGAGUUCGGCGCAGGCAUGGAGAAGACGGUAAAGCAGCUGGAAAAGGGCGCUUCGUUCCAGAAGGUGCGCGGCGUAAACAAAAUCUUCCCUAGAAAGUUCAAAGUGGACGUCGAGAACAUGAGGCUACUGGGCGAGUCCAAGAAAUGGUGGAGUCUCAGUGACUCUACAGGCGAUGGAGGCAUGGAAAUGGCAGUGUCGCUGGUGGACGUGGCCGAGGUGCGUGAGGGCUGGAAGACCGACACCUUCAACAGGCUAUCGGACUAUUACGAGAAGACCAAGAAGGCUGGCGAGACUUCUGUUGAAACUAUCGACGAGAACAAAUGCUUCUCGAUCGUGCAUGGUAACGGAGGCCUCGAGACGCUGGAUCUCAUUGCUGAGUCAGAGGCCGAGAAGAACCUUUGGACUGCAGGGCUGCGACAUCUCGUUGAAAGUUUCCGUAGUUUACAACAAGACAGACAAUACGACAUGUGGCUGAAGAACAAGUUUGAAGCCGCUGACAAAGACAAAAGCGGAGCCCUCAACAUGGAAGAAACCAUCAAGCUGCUCAAUCAAUUGAGCCUCAAGCUGGACAAGAGGAGCAUCAAGGAGCUCUUUAAUAAAGCUAACACAAAUAACUCGACUAGCCAAGGAGAACAAGUGCUGGAUGCAGAGGAGUUCGUCACUUUCUACCACUCGCUCCUCAAGAUGCCCAUGGUCGAAAAGCUCUUCGAAAAGUACGGUGACGCAAAGAACCACACCAUGAGCGUGGCACAGCUUCAUGGACGGGUGAGGCGUAUGGGGAAAGGAGGAGUGAGGCUGUUUUUCUUAGGUUUCUACCACCUGUUGUUGUCUGAUCACUUCAACAUCUACAACUACGAGCAUCAGAGCACCGUGCACCAGAGCAUGACGGAACCUCUGGCCCAUUACUACAUCUCUUCGUCGCACAACACUUACCUGGUCGGUCACCAGCUAACGGGAGAGAGCAGCGUGGAGGGCUACAUCAGAGCCCUCAAGAAGGGGUGUCGGGUCGUCGAAAUGGACUUAUGGGACGGGGACGAUGGCCAGCCCAUAAUCUACCACGGCCACACCCUGACCAGCAAGAUCACCCUCGUCGACGUCCUCAAGGAUGCCAUCAAACGCUACGCCUUCCACACGUCCCCGUAUCCUGUGAUCCUGUCCAUCGAGAACCACCUCAGCAUCCCGCAGCAGAAGGUCAUGGUGAAGCUCUUCAAGGAGAUCCUGGGCGUGUACCAGCUGUGUGACAUGUUCAGUUGUGUGCGAGUGUGCCAGCUGUGUGAAAUGUUCUCUUGUGUGCGAGUGUACCAGCUGUGUGACAUGUUCUCUUGUGUGCGAGUGUACCAGCUGUGUGACAUGUUCUCUUGUGUGCGAGUGUACCAGCUGUGUGACAUGUUCUCUUGUGUGCGAGUGUACCAGCUGUGUGACAUGUUCUCUUGUGUGCGAGUGUACCAGCUGUGUGACAUGUUCUCUUGUGUGCGAGUGUACCAGCUGUGUGACAUGUUCUCUUGUGUGCGAGUGUACCAGCUGUGUGACAUGUUCUCUUGUGUGCGAGUGUACCAGCUGUGGACGGAAAUAGAGGACGACGAUGAGGCAGACGAUGAUCAGGACGCCAUAGACUACAUCGACGCUGAGGACGGCGCUGCGGUCUCCAGGGCGUCCAUCCGGAAAAAGAGCCACACAAGCUUGAGGCGCAAGUCUAGCUCUUGGAGGAAGGGCGACAACGGCUCGAUUUCGGAACCUAAGCCUUCAUCAGAACGUGUAUCCCGGAAGUUGUCGAGUCGCAAAGUCUCCUCGAAAAAGCAACACAAGCCGAUGGCGCCGGAGCUCGCUGAAGUCGUGAACGUCUGUGAAAGCAAGAAGUUCACAUCCUUUGCUACAUCGUUCGCCAGUGACAAGUGUGUGCACUUCCCAUCACUGCGGGAGAACAAAGCUAUGGACUUGUUCGAAACUUACCCCAAUGAGUUCAUAAAGUUCACGCAGCGGCAGAUUGCUAAGAUCUACCCUCUCGGAACCCGCACCGACUCUUCCAACCUGAAGACUUACCCCUUCUGGAGUGUUGGGGCACAAGUCGUGACGCUCAACAUGCAGACGGACGACAAGCCGAUGUUCUACAACGAGGCGCUGUUCCGUAGCAACGGAAACUGCGGAUACGUUCUGAAGCCCGCCAUACUCCGCGGUCUGCAGCCCUACGACCCCAACAACCUCGGUCCUAACACGAUGAAGGUGCUGAGAGUGACGAUCUUGAGCGGCCAGCAUCUGCCGCCGGCAGAGAAGAAGGGAGACAUCGCCGACCCCUACGUGCAGCUCAAAGCCCGAGGACAUCCUGAGGAUAAGCAGAAGCAGCGAACGAGCACCAUCAAGAAUAACGGGUUUAACCCCGUGUGGGACCAGACGCUAGAGCUUCGCCUGAAGGUCGCCCCCAUCGCGCUCAUCUACUUCAGCGUGCGCGACGAAAGCUCCAUGGCCCGCGACGCCGUGCUCGCCCUCGCCUGCAUACCCUUCACUAGCCUCCAGACCGGUUACCGACACGUUCACCUCACGGACAUCACGGGCAAGUCCCUCGCACCGUCCGCCCUCUUCGUUAAAGUCGCCAUCUCAGACUCCUGAAGAUGAUUAGUGAACGAACCAACGAUGUAAGAGUCGGAUAGUGAUGCGAGUGCUGGGUAGUGAUGUAAGUGUCGGGUAGUGAUACGAGUGUCGGAUAGUGAUGCGAGUGCCGGGUAGUGAUGUUAGUGUCGGGUUGUGGUGCGAGUGCUGGCUAGUGAUGCGUGUGAUGAAGUGUCGUGAUUUAGGAGGCUAAGAAUUCACACACUAGCGGAGGUCUUUCAUUCUAGAUAAGAGCUGGAGUUGAAGUAGGCAAACUGCUUCUCGCAGGUCAGCAAAAAUACUGAUGAAAGAGAGUUGAAAUCGACGGUUAGAUAAUUGAAAAUCUUGCUGUUGAGCGCCAGCUUCCGAAGCCAUCAAUAUGUACUCUACCCAAAUUAGUCCCAUGUGUUUACUAAACCAAAGGAUUAUCUGUUGCUGAGGUAGCUAGCCUAUCGUUUGCACAUGAAUAGGAAGCUAGAUCAUGUUCACAGUUUUGUCUUCUUUCACUUCCAACGAAGAAUUGAUAACCAUCGAGUUGUUGGCUAUGAAGUCAAAAACUGUUAAUAUCUUCGUUGUAUUUGUUCAUUUUUUAAAGGCUGGAGCUUUGAAAAUUAGCUUUUAAUUCACACUGAUGAUACGCUUGCUAUUGUGCAGUUUGUAUGUUGUCGCAGCCGCACAAGCAAUACACCAAUGAAAAUACUCCGUGCAAAUGCUUUGGUCCGUUCCUUCGUUUCAUUAACUUAGCGUCAUCUUUCAAUUUAUUUUAUCAUGAAUAUUAGUCGUAUCAGCCAUCUGUGUUACCGGUAGCUUGUUAUUUCGCAAUUUUCUAUGGUUUCAUCAAUCACAACGGCUUGCACAGAAUCUAAACGCACAAUUGGAUAUGUAUUUUGGAUAUGUUGGAAUUGGAUAUGUUGAAUUUGUUUUACAGCAUGCCUCGAUGUCUUGAAUAAUCAUUGUUAAUGUGCAUUUCAAUGGCACUGCACAUGCUGGAUAAAGUUUGCAAUUUGAUGUGCCGUAGAUUGUUUUAAGAAGAAAAGAACUUUUAACUCCAAAUUUGAUAUUAAUGACUGUUUACCUAGUCCGGGCAAAUGCGAUGGAAACUACGAUAUCUGACAUUUUUCCUAAAAAUUUCCGUCGUUAUGAUGCUAGAAAAAGUCUUGAAAUUUAUUUGUUAUGAAUACUUGUAUUAUUUAAGCGAUAAAUGUGGUAUUUUUAUAUAAAGGCAUGGCUCAUAACUUGAUGAGAAGAGGUAAUUUCUUAUUUCUAUGUAAUUUUUAAUCGAUCAAAAAUCAACAUUUCCAGGCAGCGCAUUUUUAAGAUAUUGACACAAAUUUUGUUUUCGAAUUAUGAUCGGAAUGUUUAAUCAGCUUUAGUCAAUGGAACAAUAAUAAUAUUCGUUAACAAUUGUUCUGGGCAAUCAAGAUAGAGCGUGAUUGAGCAUCUUAAUGUUGAAUGUAAUCAAUGUUCAGGAUCGUCAUGAUACGAUAUAAAUUAAUAUAACUGAUUCUAAGCAAAAUAUACAAUAAUAAUACUGUUCCAUCAUGGUUGCCUUGGUUUAUAGGCUUCAAUACGAGCUAAUAAACUUAUAUUAUAAGUAAAUAGACUACGUAAGCGUCUUCCCGUUUCAACGGUGCAGCUGUGACUGAUAAUAAUGUGGUUGGUAAAAGCAAAGAGUUUCAUAUUUAUGGCUAUUCACCUCUUUACUGCUCACCACGCCUGUUAAGCUUUAUAGUAUCUACGAAUUAGGCCGAAAAAGCCGUAAAUAUUGGUAAUUUUUUUCUGUUGCUGCAUGAAUACCUAAGCCCUUUUCAAAUUUUGUUUACCUAAUACUUUCGGGACAACUAAAUAAUUUAAAGCGGAUACAAAAAGGUUGUGCAAGUAAUUAGGUACUAAUAUAACGGUAGUAAAUGAAAAUAAAUUAGAAAAGUAACAAUGCACCGGUACUGGUAUACAGGAUGCAAACUAUACGCUUUUGACACGCAGUCUCCCCCGGUAUUACGUAGACUGAUGUAUGAACAUUGUAAGCCAACGUGUGCUGUGUGUAACUUGUGUUGGUGAGAGCAACAAAAAGCGAUUUGUUAAAAAAUGGGAAAUCUUGUUGAUUUUAUGAAGAGAUUUAUAAUAAGCUUUGCGUUACUACAAGCGAUAUGCAUAAAGCUAGAAUAAAUACCGAAUGAAUUGUAAUCGAUAUUUUACACUACUACUACUAUUAAUAAUAAGAGGUUGGAAUAAUCUUAUUGUUUUAGCGCUUAAAUAAUAGAAACGCACAAUGCGAUGUGUAGCUUAAGCUUAGUUUACUCACGCUGCUUUAGGAUGAUGAAGCCUUAACUGCCUUAAGCUUUAGCGAUGACUUUGUGGGUCAGCUGAAACUAUAGUAGAUUCAUCUCAGCUGAACCCACUUAUUGCAACAAUAUUUUAAUUUUAUUUUCCGUUGUGUUGAAUUACACACAUAAAUUA